GAGCUGCAGCCCUUUCUCAUUCAUGCUGAUGGUGUGUUUGGUGUGUUGUGGGACGCCAUCACCUCCUCUGCUUUCAUAAAGGAUGCCUCAGUGUUUGCUCUGCUCAUGGAGGUAAUAGAGGAAGGAUUGUAGCUCCUUUCCAGCAUAUGCAGAUCUUUCCCAGCAGGAAGGUGAUUAUUGUUUCAGGAAGUUGGAACCCUUCCUGCCUGCAGUGAGCCGCGGUUCUCGGUGCGGCUGCAGGGGGCGCUGAGGAGCAGCUGGAUCCGCUGACAGCCUGCAGACUCUCAGAGGAAGACGGACAGCUGUUUGCGGACUCUUUUUUUCUUUCAUUGGUUUAACAUUAAAAACGGCUCGGCUAUCAUGGCAACAGGCCGUCUGGUGGAGGUGUACCUGGACCUUCUGUCUCAGCCCUGCCGGGCGGUGCACAUCCUGCUCAACUGCACCAAAAUCCCGCACAGAGUGCGCACCGUGGCGCUGCGGAAAGGAGAACACAGGACUCCAGACUUCACAAAGCUGAACCCCAUGCAGAAGGUUCCUGUCAUGGUGGAUGAUGGCUUUGUCCUCACAGAGAGUGACGCCAUUCUCAAGUACCUGACCACCAAGUACCAUGUCCCAGAGCACUGGUAUCCACGGCAACCAGAGAGACGAGCCCGGGUAGAUGAGUACACGGCGUGGCAUCACACCAACACACGACCGCACGCUGCUAAAGUCUUCAUACUAGAGGUGCUGCUCCCGGGUCACUCGGGUUCUCCGGUGGAUGAGGUGCGUUUGAAUCGCGCGCUCUCUGACCUCAACGACACGCUGGAUAAACUGGAGUCCAUGUUCCUUCGCCGACAGCCUUUCCUCUGCGGCGAUGAGAUCACUCUGGCUGACCUGCUCGCUGUCUGUGAGCUCAUGCAGCCUUUGGGUGGGGGCAGAGACGUCCUGACGGAGCGUCCUCAGCUGCAGCGGUGGAGGAGUCGAGUCCAGUCAGCUGUUGGAGAGUCAUUUGAUAAAGCUCACACUGUCCUGUAUGCUGUCAGAGACCGCCGCAGAGCCAGGCUGUGACACCAGGGGGACGAGCCAGUGAACACCCGCUGUGUCGAGUGGGCUCCAUGUGGCUCUGAUUGGGGAUCGAGUUUCUGUCAUCUGACAGAGUUCACUGUUUGAAUCUGCUGAAAUCACUUGAAUAGGAAAUGAGAUUUAUAAUGAAAAUAAGUAUGAAAAAAGCUUUGAUUUUAUUUUUUCACCUGAGGUUUUCUCUUUAUUUUACUGAGUUGCGCCUCCUAUAGGCUCAUGAAUAAACUACAACCUAACGUAUGAAAUAAAGUCCAGCAUGGAGGCUGCUGGGUUACUGGGACUUACACAGUGCCACUUUCUGUAUCUGAGUCAGAACAUUUUACAUCCACAAGCUCUUCCUUCCGUUCUUCAACCCCAGAGAGGAGCCCACGUUCCUCAUCUGCUCAGAGACCAAGCAGCUGAAACAGGAACAGCAGAACAUCCAGCAGAGGCGCCACAGUGAGUCAGUCCCCACAGACUCCCAUGUUAAAACUCUCCAGCAGAAAUAAACAUGUUUACAGCCUGA